CGUGGGAUUACAAGGGGUUCAAUGAAACUGUGUGAGUGGCGCAGCUAAUGGGGGAAGAGAUGGAUUUGGAAGGGGAGCUACAACAUCAAGUAGAAGAAUGGAUUACCACACUGGAGGAGGGAUGCAAGCAGAUGCAAACGACAGUGCGGUUGCUUAUGCAGUGGCAGCAAGAAGGGGGGGAGAUCGAUGGGGGAACAAUCUCGAUGGACCAGUGGUUGGAAGAUAGGAUUCAGGAGUUGUUAGACAUCAUGUGGGAGCUGGAGGAGGGGCUGGAUCCCCAGCUCGAUGUCUACAUCGACUGGAGGCGGGCGGAUGACAGGUUGGCUGCUUGCAGAACCCUCUUCACAUUGGGGCGAGAUCUACGCAAUCAGUUGGAGUAUCGGUAUGGAUUGCUGGCAAGUGAAGAUGAUUGCGGCGAAAACACAAAUAACAACAGCAACAUCAGCUACAGUGACAUCAAGGAUGGGGAUGGUGUCAACAACAACAAUGAUGGGGGGGGCGAUGUUCAAGGCUGCACCAUGACGGGAGUGAUACUGCAGGUGGACGUGGAAGAUAAUGGAGACGUCAACAACAACAACAACAACAACAACAAUAUCAACUUGACAACUACAACAACAAUAACAAAAACAAAGAAGGAUGACAGCAACAUUAGCAACGAUGUCGUGAACAACAACGACGACAACAACAACAACAACAACAACAACGGCGGUGACGAGGGCGGGGGCGACGCCCACGACAGCAGCACGAAGGUUGUGAUGCUGCAGAUGGACAUGGAUGAUAAAGGUGGUGACGACAACAACAACAACAACAUCAACAACAACAACAACAACAACAUCAAUAACAACAACAACAACAACAACAACAACAACAACAACAACGAUGAUGAUGGGGGAGGCGACAUCCACUGCUGCCGCAUGAGGGGAGUGAUACAACAGAUGGAUGCGGAUGAUAGUGGAGACGACAACAACAACGACGACAACAACGACGACAACAACAACAACAACAACAACAACAUAUACUACAACAACAACAACAACAAAAACGUUGACGACGGAGGGGGCGACGUCCAUGGCAGCAGAAUGAUGGGUGAGAUAUUGCAGGCAGACGCGGUUGGAAUGGGGGUGGACACGGGAAACUAAUUUUCUGACUUCCUCCUUGUUAUAUUUUGUGGCCUCGAUAUGGAGUUGCUUCUCGUCGUCUGCCAGAGGAUAGGAGUAGGUUAGUCAGUGACGAUUGGUGUUGCCCGGCCCGCAAUACCAAUCAACACUGGGGUGGUGAUCUCCUCGCGGGAUUGGUGGUGGGCAGUUUAGGGGCUGGAGUGCAGGAGGACGAAUACAUUGUAUCCUUUUUUUUUUUUUUUUUAAACAGCCAAGCGGGAGCUAGGGGUGCUGAUAAGAGCAGACACCGCUAGCACCGCCGGGGAGGCUCCAUCUAUUGGUGGGGAGCAGCAUCUGCUGGAAAUCGGGUCCAGCGUCCCUGAACAUGGUACUUAAUCAUGUGGUCAAUCAUGCAUUUGUGUGAACAUGAAGCUGCCAAGCUACCACUCUACCAAUCUGACCUGUUCUAAAUGAACUUUAAUGAAGUUCAUUCAGUAGA